GCAAAGGUGGGCAAACGUUUAGCAACAACACGUGCCACGAACUUUAAUGCGGUUAUAUCGAAAAUAAGGACGCGAUCACAAUGGCACAAUGUGUGUAACUCGUAACUCGCUCUGCGUUAUAGCCGCGGCAACGUGAAUUACAGAAUUAAGCCCCAGACGGUGGUUCGGAGCACGCGUUCCCUUCACAAUUUACUGCAUCUUCCUCAUUAGGCGACGAUCGCUUUGCCACACAGUAGCAACGCAACUUUCCAGCGCACGGCGAUAGUUAAAUGUUACGAAUUAAUGUUUAAAGUUGUAAGAGAAUGACUAAAAGUCUGCGUCCGGACCCCGACCCGCGCGGGUCUUUUCAUCGUUGCCUAGUUUUUAUCCGGGAAGCCUAGGCUAGGCCCCCGGCGGGAAUAUCGUCCCCGUGUACACGGGGCGCGCCUCGCCCAUCCCCCGCCCACAGUCCUUGGACCGGCUACCCUCCGUCGCUAACGAUUAGAUGGGGUGCUGCGAGUCCGCCUGCGUGAAGCUAACACCCUUUAGUAGAAGGGCAGAAAAGAAAAGCAAUAUUUGACCGCCGCGGACCUAUACGCUCGGCCUAGUUUUCCUGCGGGAGGCCUGGGAUAGGCCCCCGGCGGGAGCCUGGUCCGCGGGCCGGGGUCGUGGGUCGCCCAUCCCCCGCGCCCCGUGUGUCGUUUAACGCGGCGUCUUCUGCAUUGGCGAGCGCGAGAGGCGGCCGGGCCGGGGACCCCGUGGCCGUGCCGCCUUCGACGACUUCGCCGACUUUGCCGCCUUUGCCGACUUUGCCGACUUUGCCGCCGCCGCUGGGUGAGAUGUCCGAUGGCGUCCGCUCCGCGCUGGGAGACGCGCCUGCCCCCCGGCGCUCGCCAUGAGGCGGCGUGCGAGUGGCUCGCGACAGCCACGCGCCCAGGCGGCGAGCGACGGCCACGCGGCCACGACGGUCGCCGCGAUCAGCGCCGCCGGGAACACCGCCGCCAGCGCCAGCGUCAUCGCCAGCGCCAGCGCCGCCACCGCGGGCACGACAACGGCGCUGCUGCUGCUGCGACGCGCCUCCCUCGGCGAGCAGGCCCGGCACGAGCGAGCCAUGGCCGCCGGCUCUGAGCCCGAGUCCGUCGAAGCGAGCCCCGUGGUGGACAAGUCCGGCACCCUCCCGCAGCACUCGCACAGCAGCUCCGGGACGACCCCGCACGCCGGCGCCGGCUCGCUGCACGCCGGCGCCGGCUCUCUGCACGCGGGCGCCGGCACGCAGCACCCGCACUUCGGCACCGGCGCGCUGCACCCGCCGGGCGUAGCGCAGCUCGCCCACCCUGGCCCCGGCGCGCUGCACCCGCUCGGCAGUUCGCAGCACGUGCAGCAGGCGCAGCACGCCGGCGGCGCUGGCCCGCAGCACGCGCAACAGGCGCAGCACGUGCACGCCGGCGCGCUGCACGUGCAACAUUCGCAGGCCGCUGCGCAAUACACGCAGCACGCCGCGGCGCAGGUGCAGCAUGCGCAGCUGGUGCAGCACGUGCCGCAAAUGCAGCUGGUGCAGCACCCGCACGCCGGCGCGGGGGCACAGCACUUGUUCGUCAGCGGCGUGUCGGCUGUGCUGAAGCACAGUGGCCCCGUGCAGCAGCAGCAGCAGCACGCUGUCGUGCGGGGACAGCAGCAGCAGCAGCAGCACGCCGGCAUGAGUGUCGGGGCAGCGCAGCACGGAUACCUCGGCCUCCCCUACACGGACCACAACUACGGGGCCCCCCCGCCGCCCACGCCCCCGGCCUCCCCUCCGCCGCUGCACCCCCUGAAGGGAGGGGGCCGCCUGCCCGCCUGCGCCCCCCGCUGCGCCGUCUCCUCUCCCCACCAGCAGCAGCAGCAGCAGCCGCCGCACGGAGCGCAGGCGGUGUACGGUCACGCGCGCGCGCCGCUGGCGCCCGGCGCGUGGGCCGCGACAGUGCAGGGAAGCGGCGGCUACUCGUUCUCCAGCCCCACCACACUGCAGAGGAGGCAGCGCCAGCAGCAGCAGCAGCAGCAGCCGGGCGUGGGCGGCAGGCGAGCGUCGCUGGGAGGGUCGUGGAGCCAGAGUGACGCUGGGGUGUUGCGGCAGAGGAGGCAGCCUGCCAACAGGAAGGGCUUCUCUCCCGACGGGACGGGGGAGCAGCGCGCGUGCCGUCCGGGCCCACGGCCGCCCCUCCCCACCUCCCCUCCAAGCGGCGGCGUCGGCGCCAGGAGCCGCGACUCCUCCGAGCAGCAGGCGCAGGCCGGCUCCACGGCGGCGCCGCCGCCGGAGGAGGACGAGGAGGAUGAGGAGGACGACGACGAGGAGGAAGAGGAGGCGGAGGAGGACGAGGAGGACGAGGAGGAGGAGGAAGAGGAGGAGGAGGAGCUGCCCGCGUGCAUGACGGUGUCCUACACGGCAGUCCAGCAGUCCCCCACGACACUCACGCUCAUGGCGAAUCGCGCCGUUCCUGCUGCGGGCGGCGCGGAGCGCGGGCGCGCGGCGGGGAGGGCGGCGGCCGGCGACGGCGGCGACGGCGCUGACGGCGGCGACGGCGCUGGCAAGGCGUUCUCGCCGAUGACGGCGGCGGCCGCCGUGAAGCGCAAGCGGAGCGCGGUCGGCAGGCAGCGCCGGCCGGCGGCGCGGGCCAAGAAGAAGUCAAAGGUCAAAUCGAGCCAUGCGGCCGUUGAGAGCGGCAUCCGCGACAUUAGAGCGACGGAGAGCGUCGCAGGCGAGACCUCUCCGGGCGGAGACCUCCCCACGACUCCCACGGACGCUUUGGCCUCCUCCUCCUCCGCCUCCUCUUCGUCCUCCUCCACCGCCGGCACCGGCGGGUGCGACGACGACUCGGGCGCUGACUGGCGGAACCGCGUGCGCUCGUGGGCCGAGAACUACGAGGAGGCGCUGGCGAACCGCUACAGCGCCGACCUGCGCUCGGCUCUGCUGCUGCGGCGCCGCCAGGGCUCCCCCGUGGACGGCGGCGACGCCGGCACCGGCGGCGGGCGCCGGGCGUCGAUCGGCGGGGAGGGGACCGAGCCGGGCGGCGUCCCCGCGGAACACGGGGCGGUCGCGGUCACCGUCAGGAGGUGGAGCGAACGAACUCCGGGAGUGAAGGACGGUGGAGGGGAUGCUGCUGCUGAUGAUGCUGGUGAAGCCGGCGAUGGUGGGGAUGACGGUGGUGGUGGUGGUGGUGGCGGCGGUGACGGUGAAGAGGACCCUGACGGCUGUGCGGGGCAUGUGGAGGGGUUCAAUGGGGAGGUGGAGAAGCGCGAAGUUGACUCGGACUGCGUGCUCGUCUCUCUCAAGCGACAGACUCGCUCUACUUGGGCCGCGUGGGUCACGGCCGCCCGGCCGCUGCCCCCGCACCUCCUCGUCAUCGAGUACCGCGGCGUCGUCAUGCUCAGCACGCAGUUCGAGGCCAACGGACACUUCUUCAAGAGUGAGCGGCCGUACCCCUUCGUGCUCUUCUACUCCAAGUGCGACGGCGUGGACGUGUGUGUGGACGCGAGGACCUUCGGCAACGCCGCGCGAUUCAUCCGCCGCUCGUGCACGCCCAACGCCGAGGUGCGACUCCACCCCACUGGAGAGGGCGUCAUCCGGUUGUGCAUCUACUCGGUGGCGCUCAUCGGCAAGGGCUCGGAGAUCACCAUCCCCUUCGACUUUGACUACGGUGGCUGCGCGUAUCGCGUGGAAUGUGCGUGCGCGCGCCGGGAGACCGAGUGCCCCGUGCAGCGUCGCAACAACGAGGUGCUGCAGAAGUCUCGGCACGGGUGA